GCGCGGGCCUUUGAACUAGAAGAGUGAGUGAUUAGCAUCGGUAUUCCCAAUACUCCGGAGCUUAGUGUUGUAGGCAGUUCACAUGGCAGUUCAUCGCUCACCUGCAUCCGUAUAGACUUAGCCUUCGUCUUCCUCCUCUCAAACCAUGCAACUUAGCGUGGCCAUUGCUAUAUAUACUGUACAUUGGACGAGCUACACUCCAGCAUGCAACUUAGCGUGGCCAACUCGAUCACAAAAGUGCUGAUCAAAUCUGCAUCGAAAGGCGGAGGUGCUCGGUCGCGACGGGCCGUUGGAGUGAAGCCAAUGGAGAAGCCGCCGCUGCGGUUACUCGCCGUCCUCGCCGUGAUAGCAUGGACAUUCUUCCUCUACUUCCAUUUCUCCAUGCUCAGCAGCGGGGUGCAGCUGAGCCACGGGGAUAACCCCGCCGACCCGUGCCGGGGCCGGUACAUCUACGUGCACGACCUGCCGCCCCGCUUCAACGCCGACAUCCUCCGCGACUGCCGCAAGACCGAAGACCACUGGGGGGACAUGUGCGCGUUCGUGAGCAACGCCGGCCUCGGCCGGCCGCUCGCCGACCACGCCUACGGCGUCAUCACGGGCGAGGCCGGGUGGUACGGCACGCACCAGUUCGCGCUCGACGCCAUCUUCCACAACCGGAUGAAGCAGUACGAGUGCCUGACCGACCACUCCGCCGUGGCCGCCGCUGUGUUCGUCCCGUUCUACGCCGGCUUCGACUUCGUCCGCUACCACUGGGGCUACGACAACGCCACCAGGGACGCCGCAACGGUCGACCUGACGGAGUGGCUCAUGGCGCAGCCCGAGUGGCGGCGCAUGAGGGGGCGCGACCACUUCCUCGUCGCCGGGCGGACGGGGUGGGACUUUCGGAGGAGCAACAACAUCAACCCAAACUGGGGCACCGACCUCCUCUCCAUGCCGGCCGGCAGGAACAUGUCGGUGCUCGUGCUGGAGUCCACGCUGCUGCACGGCAGCGACUACCCCGUGCCGUACCCGACCUACUUCCACCCCAGGUCGGACGCCGACGUGCUCCGGUGGCAGGACAGGGUGCGCGCCCAGGAGCGGACGUGGCUCAUGUCGUUCGUGGGCGCGCCGCGGCCGGACGUUCCAAUGAACAUCCGGGUUCGGGAUCACGUCAUCGCGCAGUGCAGGGCGUCCGCCGCGUGCAGCGAGCUGGGGUGCGCGCGCGCCGUCGGCAGCACGCAGUGCCACACGCCCGCCAACAUCAUGCGCCUGUUCCAGAAGACCACCUUCUGCCUGCAGCCGCCCGGCGACUCGUGCACGCGGCGGUCGGUGUUCGACUCCAUGGUGGCCGGGUGCAUCCCGGUGUUCUUCCACCCGGGAUCGGCGUACAAGCAGUACCGGUGGCACCUUCCCAAGGACCACCUGAAGUACUCGGUGUACAUCCCGGACGCGGACGUGCGGGAGCGCAACGUGAGCAUCGAGGCCGUGCUCCGGACGAUCCCUCCGGCCACGGUGCAGAGGAUGCGGGAGGAGGUGAUCAGGCUCAUCCCGACGGUGUUAUACGCCGACCCCAGGUCGAAGCUGGAGACUAUCAAGGACGCGUUCGACGUCGCCGUCGAAGGGGUCAUCGACACGGUGGCGCGGCUCAGGAACGGUGAGGAUGUCAACAGCGGCGGGCCGGUCGACGAGGACCCGCCGUUCCUGUAUGUCUCGACGGAGUCGAUGUUGCGGUCGGAACAAUCUACGCGAGCAGACCGCUAGCUCUAUCGGCCUGCAGAAAAAAGAAGUGCAGAAUAGUCGAAUCAGUUCGUAAAAAUGUAUAAUGAUUUAGCUGAUACUCGAAUUAGUUGCUCUAGCGUAUUUUGUUUCUUCUAUA